UGCAGCCCCGCCCUCUCUGAACUCCGGGCUGGAUCACUGAGAAACAACUGAGAGCAUCACAUUCACAGUCCGCAAUGUCAUCUGAGCAGAUCGCACGGAAAAUACAGCGCAGACUGAUUGACACUAAAUCCGGAUCACCGGAGAGUCUCGUGCAAACACGAGCGGACGAGGAACAGUCGCCGGUAAAAUCUGCCACCACGAACGACGACGCCACCUAUGAACUCACGGAGAAACUCAACCGCAGGCUGGACAUUCACGAGGGCACUGCGAAACCCGAGCAAAUGAAGGUGUUUAACCCUUACACGGAGUUUAAAGAGUUCUCUCGUAAACAGAUCAAAGAUAUGGAGACAAUGUUCAAAAGAUUUGACUCGGGUAAAGAUGGCUUUAUUGAUCUGAUGGAGCUCAAGCUAAUGAUGGAGAAACUAGGAGCUCCACAGACUCAUCUGGGACUGAAGACUAUGAUUAAGGAAGUGGAUGAAGAUUUUGAUGGCAAACUGAGCUACAGAGAAUUCCUGCUGAUCUUUAGAAAGGCAGCAGCGGGUGAGUUACAGGAGGAGAGCGGUCUUAUGGCUCUCGCUCGGCUUUCAGAGAUUGACGUCUCCACUGAAGGCGUCCUUGGAGCGAGAGACUUCUUUGAGGCUAAGGUUUGUGUGUAUUUCCAUUCCACUUUCAUAAGACAUUUACUUUUUUUUUAUACUGGCUCCCAUUUCUUAGUUUAAAGGGGGCAUAUCAUG